AUGGAGAGAUCGCAGGUGGUACACGGAGAUUUGAAGUGCUCCAACGUGUUCGUGGAGCGCACCUGCUGCCCGCGCAGUCUUCCCACGGCCAAGCUCCUGGACUUCGGCCUCUCCAGGGCGCUGACGAUGAGGGCGAAACCGCUGGGGGGGACCCUUCGGUGGGUGGCCCCAGAGGUCCUCCGCGGGAGCAGCCCGGACACGGCGGCCGAUAUGUUCUCUUUCGGCUGCUUGAUAUCUUUCAUCAUCACGGGCAGGCUGCCGGGGAGCGAGGUGUGCCCUGCGCAUCCGCAGACCGACUGGUCGGCGCGGGGCUGGCUCGCCCAGGCAUGCGAGCCGCUCGUGGCGGAGUGCUGCGGCACCGACGCCUCUCGCCGGCCGCGCGCGCAGCAGGUGCACGAGCAGGCCAAUGUCUGGCUGGAGGCGCUGCUGCAGCGCGGGGAGCAGUUGGCGGGCUCCCCCGCCGGCGCCGGCGGAGGGCACGCGCCCGGGCCGCCGGCCGACGCGGCGGCCCUUCGGGCGAGCCGCCUCUCCGAUGUCGCCGGGAGGGCGGCGCAGGAGAUGAGGCUGGUGGUCCCGUCGUGCCGCCGCACGCCCGCGGCCACGGUGGACGGCAUGAUGUGCGACCUCCUGCUGUGCUGCAACUUCGAGAUCCCGGUCCAGGUGUGCUGUCCCUUCCACGCAGCGCUGGCCAAGCUCGCGCGCGCCAUCGCCAAGCGCGUCGACGGCCCCUGCAAGCCUUGGAGCACAGGAGGCACUUCCUGCAGGCAGUGCGCUCGGUGCGGGCUGCUGUGUUGGAGUGAAUCUCGCGAUUUUGAUGAGGGCGUUUCGUGCAACUUCUGUGGCUCAGUGAAUUGGGAGCUCGAUGCUGGCGGCAACAAUUCUUUACCAAGUAUCCCAGAGGCGAGUGCCAAGGACGAGAUGGAGGCAACUCCGCAGCCGCAGGCCAGAGCCAACGACAGGGUGGAGACAACUCCUCGUUCGCAGGCCAGCGACGGGACAGCCUGCGGACUGGCCAUCUAGAAUUGGCGUGCGCUGAUGCUGCUGGAGACCCUGGCAGCACGCCAAGCCGCCAUCAGCGCCCCAGAACCUGACACCAGCACUGAGAUCUUGUUCGAAGAAUACAUAAGAUCCACUCGGUGUAAAAUUGCGGGGAACGUAGGGGAAUCCCAGCAGGAGAGAUGAAGAGCCGUGCGCGGCGAAGAGCGGCAGCGAGCAAAUCCUGC